AAACGAAUUGAACUCCAAAAAGCAAAAAAGAAAAAUUUCCUCCUAUAAAUACACACCUUCAUUGGUGCUUAUGUUUGCCAAACCAAAUACCCCAAAGCCCGGUAUUAGAAAAAAAAAACAGAAAAAACUCUGGUUUUUUUCUCCACUCUCUGACAACAAACAAUGGCGGCAGCUUCUACUCGCCGGUCUAGUGGACCGGUUAUUCGUUCACUUUCACCAGUCGGACGAUUCUACUCACCGAACCAGAGAACGACGGCUUCGGCCUCGGCCUCCGCUUCGGCUUUUGCUUCGUCAACUUCAGGUUUUUCUACAAGCUCACACACAAUUCUCCAUAGAUCAACAUCUCCAAAUCGCGUGAAUUUGUUUAAUAACUCAAGUUCAGGUGCUUCAUCUAUAAGGUUUUCACUUGACCGGUCGACGUCACCGAACCGGUCUAUCAACCACGUAGUAGUGCAGCAGCAGAACCAUAGGAUUCAUCGUCAUCAAAAUCAUCAUCAUCAGAAUCAGAAGAAGUCGUGUUUGUGUUCUCCGACUACUCAUCCAGGUUCGUUCCGAUGUAGUCUACAUAAGAAUAACACGAGUGCCUCUAGUCGUGCAACGUCCUCGUCUUCUUCCUCUUACGGUUCCUCCAAUCAAUUGAAUAUGAGGCGAUCUGCUAUGACGAACUCUCUAGUCAGAAUCGGAACUGUCGAAGGUGAUUUGGUUAAGAGGGCUCUAGCGGCUUUGAUUCGUCCUUCUUCUCAUCAACAAAGACGCCGUGCUGAUUUUCAACGGAGACCUAGCCGGCUUUCCGUUAUGUCAAAAGCCGAUGGUGGCUCGUAACGGAACGGUUGAUUUUUCGUGUAUUGUGUAUAUAGGGUUAAAAAUAGUUAAAUAUUUUUAAUUGUUUUAAUAUAAACAUAAACUAAAUGAUAAGUACUACAAAUUUUGGUA